UCGCCUCCCCGUCUUCUCCUGCAUGGUCCAAUUGCAGGCCUUCUCUGCCUGAUACCGUCGUCCACCGCCAUGCCUCCAUUCCGAGCUGCGUUCCGUGUCCCGCGGGCCCUCGGCCUCGCCCACAGCCAUGCACCGCAACGCACGCUCUGCUCAAGUCGGAUUGGCAAUAGGCAGCUGCAUUCGUCUCCGAGCCGCCGUGCAGAUAUUCCCCAGAGCCAGAGACCGGAGAAGCCAGAUCCUCUUGAAGAAUGGCGUAAUCCCGAGCCCAGCAAGUGGCCAAACAGGAUACGGCUGCUCUUUGUGCCAUUCAUUGGAGCGCUGGUAUAUUCCAUGUGGACAGACGACUCAAUCAAGACCGAAGGCCCUACCAUUGCCGAGAAAGACGCCCUCCUCAAGCGCGAAAAUGGCGUAUCCGAGCAAUCGCCCAUGCGCCUCCGCAUGGAGCAAUUCAUAAAGCAACACCAGAAGCAGAUUAUCGCCGAGCUCGAAAAAGUCGACGGCACAAAAUUCAAAAUUGACGCAUGGCAGCGGCCCGAGGGCGGCGGCGGCAUCACCUGCGUCCUGCAAGACGGCAACGUGUUUGAAAAGGGCGGCGUCAACACGUCUGUCGUCUACGGCCGCCUCCCCCGCGCCGCCAUCCAAAAGAUGCGCGUAAACCACAAAGCCCUCGACCCGGACGUCGACUCGCUCGCCUUCUUCGCCGCAGGCCUCUCCAUGGUUCUCCACCCCCACAACCCCAACGCGCCCACGGUCCACCUCAACUACCGCUACUUCGAGACGGCCGACGAAUUCGGAAACACAAACGCAUGGUGGUACGGCGGCGGCUGCGACCUGACGCCAUGCUACCUCUACGACGAAGACGCCAUCCUCUUCCACGGCGCCAUCAAGCAAGCCUGCGACAAGCACGACAAAGCCUACUACCCGCGCUUCAAGAAAUGGUGCGACGACUACUUCAACAACAAGCACCGCGGCGAAACCCGCGGCGUAGGCGGCAUCUUCUUCGACGACCUCGAUGAGACGGAAAAAGACCAAGAACAGCUCUUCUGCUUUAUCCAGGACUGCCUUUCCGCCUUCCUCCCCUCAUACCUGCCCAUCAUCAACCGCAGAAAAGACAUGCCUUUCACCCCCGAAAUGAAGCAGUGGCAGCAGAUUCGCCGUGGCCGCUACGUCGAAUUCAAUCUCGUCCAUGAUCGCGGCACCGCAUUCGGCUUGAAUACCCCCGGCUCCAGAGUCGAAAGCAUCCUCAUGAGCUUGCCGCUUACAGCUCGCUGGCAGUACAUGCAUGCGCCCGAAAAGGGUAGCAGGGAGGAGCGCUUGCUCGAGGUCCUCAAGAAGCCUAAGGAGUGGGUGUAGAUGAUAUAUCGAAAGAAUAUUUUUCUGAGAGAGAGAGAGAGAGAGAGAGAGCUUGUAUAUACUGUAUAAAGACUUUCUCGUAUCCUCUAUUUUUUU